AUGCAGAAUAAACAAUCACCAUCAGGCUAUCGUCAUAUUGUUCCGGCUACAUCUGCUCAAACAUACGUUCCUAUAUCGCCUUACCACUUGCCUCAAGCUGCUUUGCCUCCUUUCGAAACACCACCUGCUUCUCCUUUCUCCCAACCAGUGCAUAAUUAUAAUGGGCAACCACUUUUUAAACUUCCUCCUCCUAUGCAACCUUUAUCACCUAGUCUUACUCAUCAACAAAAUAGUUCACCGAUACAAUCUUCUCAUUCUCGAAAUGAUCGUAUUUUAUUGAAUCAACCCAAUUCUCCAACUGUUUUCCCAAUGUCUAUGGCACCGCCUCCUGCAAACAUUCUUUUGGAAAUGUCACCGACUAUUCAACCAACAAUGCGUCAUAUGCAACAUAAUACUUCGGUUAUUCACCCUCUUACUUCACACCAUCGUUCAUCGAUUCCUUCUGAUAAACCCCUUACUACGGCAGAUCAACGUGAACUAGCUCGUAAAGUUUCCCAUUCUGCCAUUGAGAGGCGCCGCCGUGAACGUAUUAAUGAUAAAAUAAUGCAAUUAAAAGAACUAAUCCCAAGUUGUGCAGAUCAAGAUCAUUUAAAUAAAUUAAGCAUUUUGCAGAGUUCCAUCGAGUAUAUUGAGUAUCUACAAGAUCUAGUUGUCACUUAUCGACAACGAGAAAAAGAUGGCGGCAGAAUAGAUGAUAAUAGAUCAUCUGAAAAUGGUCGAAAACGAUCAAAGUUUGAUCGAUAUGAUAUUCUACCAUCAUCAAAACUAUCUUCAAGAAGAUUGGAAACUCCUGAAGACAAAGAAUAUAAACAUAAAGGUUCCUCUUCAGAUCAAUUGAUGGAUUCCGUUGUAAACACAGAAGUUAACAGUGAUAAUACUGACUCUACAUUAAAAGCUGAUAUAUCAGAUCUUACACCAAUGUUACUUGACGAAGAAGAUGCUGACGUUUUGUCGCCGAAAUCAACCUCUACUGUACAAGAACCAGAGACAAUAAUAAAGUCGAUUUCUACUAUACAAGAAUCCAAGAAAAUUAUAACAAGAAAUUCCGAAACACAAACUUCGCCAAUUCAUGACUGGGAAAAAUCUUUUAAAGAGUUAAAAGACGUGCAAGAAACAAAAACAUCGUUAUCUUAUGAAUGUGAGUCUUCCGAGGAGUCUGAAAUUGUACGAGAAUCAAAUAAGUCGCCAAGAGGAGGGAUGACCGUUCAACAAUUGUUAUGUUAA